AUGAAUGUGCACCGCGGUGGCCAGUACUUACCAAACACCCACACGGGGAUCAAACAAACAACCCCCAGUGGUGCAAUCACCUACAACCCGGAAGCCUGUGUCCAGUAUGUGCCGAUAGAUGCAGCGGCCCUCAAUCACCUACUCCCCAGCUUGGAAUCCCUCGGUCUGGCUAGUCUUCCCAACCCCGCCGGCCCAAUUCCUCACUCGGCUAUCCCUCUCAAACAACCACCUGCAACUGCUCCCGCCGCGCUUGCCUCCAGUGACAAAAAGCGGGCCCGGGGCUCGGCGCGCAAGGCCAAACAAUUGGCAGAACAAAUUGGCAAGGAUGACGAGGAGGCAGCGGUUGGGCGUGCCUACCAGUUGAAGAAGGCCGCGGGCCGGGCUGCCAGUGUCAAGGACAAGGCCGCGGCAAAACGAGCACUUGGCAUUAUCCGCGAGACGGAGUCAUCUGCCGUUGUUCCUCGCUUGGUAUGGGGGGAUGCCAACUCCCUUGAGCUCCUGGCGUUCUGGAGAUCCAUGAAGGAUACGCACACUGAGCUCAAGAAUAAGGAGGCCGGCUUCAAGAACUUCAGAAAGUUCGCCAAGGAUUUCGAACUUGAUCCGGAUCUAUUCCCCCUCCUGGCUGAGCUCGAUUGCGCGCAGUUGAAGCGUCGAUACGACGCCAUAAUGGUGCUUUAUAGGGCUGUUAAGGAUGUUGUCGCUCGUUCCCGGAGUGAGGCGAUUCAUGCUGCGUUGGCCGAGGAAAAACUCUCCCUACCGUACUCUGAUGCGGGAGUGGGGGCUCCAAUUUCCGAUUUGGACGAGGACAAUGCGGAAGGAGCUCCACCCAACAAACGGGGCGCCCCCAAGCCUCGUAGACUUGGCAAAAACCACCGUCUAUCCGACCAACUAACGCCCGCCGAGAGGGCGCUAGACCCAUCGUUGGAUGAUGAGCUCUCAGAACCCCCGACGGCUAGAUCGACCCAUAGGGUCCCUGCAAGCAAAACCGCACCAGUUUCGACCCCCACCCCUGGAUCAACUGGACUUAAUGGUCGCCCGCCGACUGUUGGCGCCAGCGUCCCCCGCCGCCGGGGCCGGACUGAAGAGGCCCCGAAGAAGGACACCAGUGAUGCGAUGGCCCUGAGGGCCUUGAUGGCAAAGACGCAGGAGACGAAUACCGCCUGGAUGAUGGACAAACGGGCUUGUUCCGAAGCGACACGCAAGGAAUAA